GUGCCCGAAGCGUGGCGAGCGAACUUUUCGGGUACCCUGUUCGCCCGUAGCUCCUCCCCUGGUAACGUAGCUCCUCCCCUCAACACGUCACAAGGUCCCUUCAGCCCCUCCGAUAUAGAACCAACCGUGGUAACAAGGAUCCAGUGCAGGCUACGAAGAUGGUCCGUGAAGAAAUCAUCCCUUUUCAUAGAAAGACCCUUUAAACAUUAGAGCACUUUGAUUUUUUUUGGGCGGGGAGGGGAUAGUAUCACUGAACCAUCUACAAUGGCAGCUGGCCCAUCCCAAACUGGGGGAGUUGCAGGACCAUCUGGACCUCCUACAGUGACAAAUCAAUGGAAUUCUGGAUCUCUAGCCGUUGCUGUUUGGGAAUGGCAAGAUGAGCUCAGCAAAUGGAGACCAUAUAGCGGAAAAGUGAGCAAUUAUAUAGAACAAUGUAUGCAGGCUUAUCAGCAGCAGAAAAAUUCCCGUGCUCUUGGAAACAGCAACAGUAUCUCACUUGGACAAGUUGAUCCAAAGUUAGCUCCAUAUAUAAUUGAUAUUGCAACUCUUGCACAGUUUCGCCAAGAUACAGGAACCAUGCGAUACGUGAGAAAAACACUCUACUCGUUAGACUCUGCACCGGCCAAAGGAAUUUGCUGGGAGUGGGUAAAUGAUGAUGGCUACUGGACAUCUUAUGAAACACAAAUUUGCAUUUUCCUAGAGGAAAACUAUUGUAAGAGGAAUCCCUCUGUAGAUCUUGGAAUAUUUGGACUUUGCUACCAUAUUGACUUUGUCUCACUCAUUCAGACAAAUCAGGUGACUGGAUUUAGACGACAAGUUCAGAGGCGUAUUGAUAUUCCUUAUCCUAUAACUACAAAGUUGGGGCCAGUGCAUAAAGCAGCCGCAUGUGCUUGUCACCAGUGCCUAACAAACAGUGGAACAGGACCUAUGCCUGUUCGGUAUAGACAUUCCAUGAUUAAUUUGUCUGCAUCCUCAAAUUACCCCAAUGGCAGUCGGACAUCUAAUAGUAGUGUUGCCUAUCUACCAUACCCUAAACCGUCAAUGACUAGCGCAAAAUCCGCACCAAAGCUUAAUAGCACAUGGCUGCCUCCAUCAACGUCCGUGCAAUUUCCUGGUCCAUCCUCUGCUAAUGGAAUCAGCAUACCCUCCGUUCCAGUACAGGUGCAAAAGAACAGUUCUACAAAACAGGCUCUUGCAGGCAUGACGGCUAUUCUGAUGUCUGCGGCUGGGCUCCCUGUACGUCUUACCUCUGCACCUCCACCCUCCAACCCAAACGCGGCCAGUAAGCGUGAUAAAAACUCAGUUAGGAGAUUGAGGAAAUUGCCAAAGAAAGGAGUUACUGCUGACCCAGAACAAGUUGUGAAGAAAUACCUGGAAAACAUACAGAAGCCUCCAGAAGAGGAUUGUAUUAUCUGCAUGGAGACGCUGUCUGCAGCAUCAGGUUAUAAUGAGUCCUCAGAAAGCAAAAACAUCAAACCUACAGCAGUCGGGAAACUGAAAAAGUGUGGUCAUGUUUUCCACCAGCUCUGCAUGUUCGAGAUGUAUAACAGUGGAAACAAGGAUGGCAGUUUGCAGUGCCCAGCUUGUAAAACAAUAUAUGGAGAAAAGACUGGAACACAGCCAAAAGGAAAAAUGGACAUUUUUGUUAUACCUCAAUCUUUACCUGGUCAUCAAGAUUGUAGCACAAUCCACAUUGUGUAUACCAUUAACCCAGGAAUACAGGGACCUGAGCACCCAAACCCAGGGAAGCCUUACACAGCCAGGGGCUUUCCUCGCCACUGCUAUAUUCCAGACAACAGCAAAGGAAGGAAGGUAUUGGAGCUGUUAAAACUGGCCUGGUCUAGGAGACUGAUUUUCACUAUUGGUGUUUCCAGCACAACGAGUGAAUCGGACACUGUAGUAUGGAAUGAAAUCCACCACAAGACUGAAAUGAGCUCAAACAUAACUGGACAUGGCUAUCCUGACCCAAACUACCUAGACAAUGUCCUUGCAGAGCUUGCUGCCCAGGGGGUCUCAGAGGACUGCUUAAACGUGUAAAAGACACUCUAGUUGUCUGCCUUCCAGUGAGUUAUGGAAGACAUUCAUUUAGUUCAUUUAUACGAUGCCUUAAUGUUUGGAUUUAAUUUAGCAUUAUAUUUUUUGGUAAAGCAAUACAUAACAAAAAAUAGGUUUACAAAAAAUGCUGGGAAAAUUGCUUUGUUUAAGACUGGUAGGUGGGUUUAUGCUGCCAUUCCUGCGGGACAGGGACCAGUUAUUAUGAGUGUUCCACCCUGUCCUCCCUUACACAUGUGUAACAAUGUGAUACAGCACUUUCAUUAAACAAGAGGAACAUUGCAGAUUGUGGAGAAUAACAUUAAAAGCCAUUUAAAUGCAGUUUUGGCAUGGUUUUCUUUGAUAUUCCUAUGUAUGGUACUUGGCAAAGGACAAAAGAAAUCAUGUCUUGUUCUAACUGGCUUUUAAAACCGUCUCAAAGACUUGAUCUGAUUUAAAACAAAGCCCUUGUUUCCUCUCUGUCAUUGGUUCGCUUUCCUCUGGCUGAAUUACACUAUUAUUACUGUUGAAUUGUAUUGUUUCUUUUUCGGACACAAUUCCUCUCAAAAUCAGUCUAGUUUAUGAGCUAAACAGCAAACUGUUUAUCAUUAGAAAUCAGUUAUAUUCGUUUAAAACUAUGGCAUUUACAAUAAGAUUGUUAAAACCCACCUUUUCUUCCCUUUGUUGCUUUACCAACAGCAUUUUAAUAAUGAAGUUAUAUUCUAAAGAAUGAAUAAAAAAAAAAAAAAUAUUUUAUGCAGAACAUGCAAAUAUUUUCUUAUGAAUCUUUUUACAACUGCUUUUGGAAACUGGGGUCACUUCUGUAGUUUGCUCUCUGAGCUGUAGCUUGCACUCUAUGUCACACAUCUGUUUAAAUGUAAGAUUGUGCCUUUGCUAUCUAUUCAUUAUUAAUCUGGCCUCCAUAGUGCCUGCUGUUGCAGAAAAUACUGGCACUGUUUUAUCAUGGAUGCUUAUGCUUUUCAUUCAUUAGGUGCACAGGUUGGGUAUAGUAUGCCGGCUGCCAGGAUCCCGGCGUUUAGCAUACAGACACCGGGAUCCCGGCAGCAGAAUGCCGGCGGGUUGAGGGGGGGCACAACCAAGACCCUUGCGGGUUCGGUGGCUUACUGCGCUCGCCACAGGUUCUAUUCCCACACUAUGGGUGUCGUGGAGUGGGAAUAGACCCUGUGGGUCAGCAUUUUGAGCGUUCGGGAUUCCAAUAUCGGCAUGCUGACCGGCGGGAUCCCGGGUGGCGGCAUAUGAACUACAUCCCAGGUGCACAUAUGCUCACCACAAAGUGAGCAACAUUUUGGACUGACCAUUGCAUACAAAUGAGAGCAAUAGAAGCAAAAUGUAUUUUGUUGUUGGCAUAUGGCAUUUUCUGAGCAGAUGUGAAUUUACCACAAGAAUCAAAUCCUUAUGUAUAUUGCAGUUGUUCAGCAAGUGUAUACCCAACAAGUCAAAACUGCAUCUGUUUCAAAAGACAGGUGUGGAUGGUCCCUUAUUUUCCUUUUAUUGUUAUUCGAGUUUUGUGUUGUGGAACUUCCCAUGCAUUUUGCUUUUCUGAGUGAUGGUGUACAAGCACCUGCAGAUGGUAGAAUAAAUCUUUUGAUUUUACAUGGGCACGCUACUAUAAUAAACAAUUCAGCAAUGCAGUUGUUUUCACAAUGAAAAAAAAAAAACAAGUGAUUAUAUUUGCUUAUAGGAAGUAAAAAAUAUAUAAUUUGGAAUAA